CUGAGGUACAGACUCAAUAUUAGCGUUUCUUGCAACACAUCAAAGCCUCUCAACUAGUCAAGGACGUAAAGAGGCCGAUGUUAGUAAGAUUAGCUGAGCUCACCUGUCAAGUAAACACGCCAGCCGAGUCCGACGGUCAAAGUUGAUGUCACUUCAGUGAAGGGACCAGGCUUGUCCUGUGGGGUCACCUGCAGUUAUGAAUGUGAACAAUGAUGUGGAAAAGCUUUUAAAUGGUGAAGGACUAGAAGUGAACGACGAGUUCGAUUCGGCACCCGCAGAGGUCCAAGCAGUUGCCUUGAGGAAAACGAUAACCUACAUCGUCAGCGCUGUCAUCUUCAAUGAAAAGAAUGAGGUGCUCAUGGUGCAGGAGGCCAAGGAGAAUUGCUACAAACAGUGGUACCUUCCAGCUGGCCGUAUGGAAGAGGGAGAGAGCAUUGUGGAGGCCAUGAGAAGGGAAGUGAAGGAAGAGGCUGGAUUCGACUGCAAACCCAUUACCCUGGUUCUGGUCCAAGAACAGGGGCCGCAGUGGAUCCGAUUCGUUUUCUUGGCGGAGAUUACAGGAGGCUCCCUGAAGACGAUGGCAGAGGCUGAUGCAGAGUCUCUCCAGGCUCAGUGGUGGGACCAAGACUCCCCACUCACCUUGAGGGGUCGUGACAUCCUCAGACUCAUCGAUACCGCCCUGAAAUACAGAAAGAAGCCCUGGCAUCCUGUGGCUCACCCUAUAGACAUGUGCUGCCAUGUUGUUGUACAGCGACUUCUCCUCACUUUCAGCAGCUCUGAUGGGGUGCUUUGGCUCCUUUUGGGCAACAUUAAGGACCUGCACCUCCCUGUGGCCGUGUCUGUGAAAACCCACACAGUCACAUGGGCGGCCAACACAUUGGUACAAGAGGCCAUGCCCUCCUCCUACUACGACCUCAACGUCAACACAAGGGGAAUCCUGGGACUACAGCACAAUGGAAGGGUCCCUGGGAAGACAGAUGGACUCUGCUUCAACACAGUGGUGUCUUUGGAACACACUGGGGAGGGGCCACACACCAGUCAACCACCACUGAUCGAGAGCCCUCGCUUUCAGUGGUACAAAGUGGAGAAUCCUCAGCUAAGAGACAAGAUUCAACAGAGAAUAACUACUGGGUCCUUCCUUCCAGUGCAUAGUCUCUACUAAGGGAGGUGGUGAAAUGACAUUCCAAAAACAAUACACUUUUUACUUGAAGAUGAUUUUGGGAAUACGUGGGGCAAGUACCUGUCUAUGAGCGGCCAAAAUACAUAUGUACCUUUGAGAGCAGACAUUACAACGUUUAUCAAUUUGUACAUUUGUCAUUUAGCAAACACUAAUCCAGAGCGACUGACGAGUACAUUUUUACUUUUUCGUACUGGUCCCCCAUGGGAAUCAACCCUUGCGUUGCAACAGCCACACAGGACCACCAUUCUGAAAACUGCUGGAAAAGAUUGUGAAAAAUGGACUGCAAUACAGAAUAGGGUCUAUAAACUUUUGAUCAAACGUUCAA